AUGGCACACGCGCUCGCAGGGGACAAUCUUCCGGCCGACCCGCCACCGCCCCCGCCACCGCCCAAGCAGCACCUCCGUCCCUCCGCCCCCGCACAUGUCGCGCGUCCGCAUUCGGACUCGAGCGCGCUUCCUUCGCAUACCCAUCUCCAAGUGCCUCCUACGACCCCGCAGAGACCGCAUCUCAAUCCUGCGCCCAACUCCGCUCCGGCGAAGCCAGUAUCGUCUGGUCCAUCCCGCCCUUCAGCGCCGCCGAUACAAACUCCCCCGCGCCGUGCGCGCGCUCAGUCCAGCCCUCCAUCACCUAUAUCUGUAACCUCGUCCUCAGGGAAGAACGUCCCGAAGGUACAAUGCUGUGCUAUGACGAAGCUAGACAAGCGAUGCACGCGCAAGAUACCUGUGUCCAAUCCCCUUGCGCUGCACAACGGAGAGGAGGAGCCGCAGUUCUGCCACCAACAUAUCAAGCUUGCGUUCAUAGACGUCAAGUUCCCCUCGUACAAGCGCCCGGGUGAGGAUGUGAUUUACGCUGAUUGGGUACCGGAAUAUCUUCAGGAAUCCACCAAGACCGUCCUGCGCGAGGAGAUGCAGAAGAAGGCGUCUGUAGCGGACGAGCCUGGGUACAUCUAUGCAUACGAGAUAGAUGACGACUCUAACCCGGACGUCGUCCACAUCAAGGUCGGACGCGCCGUCAAGCUGACGAAGCGGCUGGCCGAAUGGGACAAGCAAUGCCAGUCGAAGCAGACGCACCUCCGCGGUUUUUGGCCGAUGAGCAAGGACGCCGCGGACAACGGGAUGAUGCGUGGGCGCGUGCAGGUGGGCGACCCCGGCCCUUACUGCCACCGCGUCGAGCGUCUCGUUCACCUCGAGCUCGCCGACAUCGCACUGAACGCGCCAUACCUCGACCCGAAGUUCCCGAAUGUAAAGACCGACGUCAUGAACGGCAACGCGCGUGCCGCGGCGAGGGGGCCUUGUCCUGACUGCGGUGUUGUGCACAAGGAGAUCUUCACCUUUCCCCGCGCUACGGGGCGCUACAAGGGCAAGGAGUGGGAGGAUAUUGUGCGCCCUGUGAUCGAGAAGUGGGGUGGCUUCGUCGAGAUAUAUGUGUAA